AUGGAAGGCAGAAACCAAACAGCUAUUCCAAAAUUCCUUCUCCUGGGGCUGACAGAUGACCCAGCACUGCAGCCCCUCAUCUUCAGCUUCUUCCUGUCCCUCUACCUGGUCACCAUCCUGGGGAACCUGCUCAUCAUCCUGGUCAUCAGCUCUGACCCCCACCUCCUCACCCCCAUGUACUUCUUCCUCUCCAACCUGUCCUUCACCGACAUCUGCAUAAGCACAACCACCAUCCCCAAGAUCCUGGCCAACAUCCAAGCACAGGAUCAGAGCAUCACCUACACAGGCUGCCUCUCCCAGAUGUGCUUUGUCUUGAUUUUUGGUGGUUUAGAAAAUUGUCUGCUUGCAGUGAUGGCCUAUGACCGCUUUGUGGCCAUUUGCCACCCCCUGAGGUACACUGUCAUCAUGAACCCCCACCUCUGUGUACUGCUGGUUCUGCUCUGCCUGCUGAUCACCACUGUGAAUGCCCUCCUGCACAGUCUGAUGGUGCUGCGGCUGUCCUUCUGCACAGACCUUGAGAUCGCCCACUUCUUCUGUGAACUGACUCAAGUCAUCACACUGGCCUGUUCUGACACUCUAAUUAAUAACUUGCUGGUAUUUUGGGGAACAAGCCUAUUUGCUGGCAUCCCUCUCUCUGGGAUUUUUUUCUCUUAUGCUCAAAUUGUCUCCUCUAUUUUGAAGAUCCAAUCAGUGGGUGGAAGGUAUAAAGCCUUUUCCACCUGUGGGUCUCACCUCUCAGUGGUGUCCUUAUUCUAUGGGACAGGUUUUGGUGUGUAUAUGAGUUCUGCAGUAAGUGACUCUUCCAUUAAGAAUGUAGUGGCUUCGAUGAUGUACAUGGUGGUCCCUCAAAUGCUAAACCCUUCAUCUACAGUUUGA